AUGGCAAGAACAAAACAAACGUCUACAAGAAACACCACAGGAGAGGUCUCUCUCAGAGACCAAGCUGCAGAAGACUCCAAUGUCAAGACUUCUCGAAAGCGGCUUGCUUUAGGACCCAAGAGUGGUUGCACCAAGAAGCCCCGCAGUUACAGACCGGACACUGUGGCUUUGAAGGAGAUCAGGAAGUACCAGGGGAGUACAGAUCUCCUCCUUCGUAAAGCCCCUUUGCAACGACUUGUUCGUGAGAUUGUACAGGAUAUUGGCGAUGGCGACAGGGAUUCGAAUGGCCAAAUGAAGGCAAAGUACCUGGAUCUAUGGUACCAAAGCAAAGCUAUGCUAGCAUUGCAGGAGGCUGGAGAAAGCUACCUUGUUGGGUUGUUUGAGGAUGCCAACCUAUGCGCCAUCCAUGCCAAGAGAGUGACCAUCAUGCCCAAGGACAUCCAGCUCUCCAGACGCAUUCGUGGUGAGCGUGCCUAA